GUUGGGUUGUAUACGGUUUGCCCAAUCAGUGCAUAUGAGUGCACACAUACUGUUUGGUAUGGUUUUGACGAUCCGGUGGUGUAUUCAACGCGAAGAAAAAAUUAUUUCAGUUUAUUAAGAAAAUCAGUGCUAUUUUUCUGGCUCUCAAUCUCCUGUGUUAUGCAUUUUAAUGUAUCGUUUCUUUAAUUAAAUUACAAAACAAAACUUUUUUACACUCACAAUAACGGUGUGUAUCCGUAAUAAUGGGCUGUUUUUUCUCAAUAUUCCGUUUCGGCACUUAUGUCGUCAAAGAAUCUGAUAAUAACGGCGGCCCACAAGUGAAUGCACCGGAAAUCAGGAAACACUCGUCGACACCGAUCGGGUCGGAAGUGCCGUUAAAAGCGGUACAAAAACCGGUCAAACCAUUGCACUCAUCGCCGCCGUCGGCGCCGCCGAAGAAAGACAAACAAAAUGUCCCAAAAGUGAAAGACAAAGAAAAACCGGCAGUAUUCACGACCACUUUUGAGACCCAAGUGGACGCCCCGCCACCCCAUCCGCUGGAGGAGCGUUUCCAAGACAUCCAAUUGGAUGAGAUUGAGGUCGAGACCAAUCUCUUCGCGCCCGAAGUGGAGGACGCGGUCAUCAAAAUACAGGCCGGAGUUAGGGGUUAUUUGGUCCGCAAACAGUUGAAAAGUACCCACGAAGACGAUGAAGACACACCAGUGGUUCCGCCGCCCAAACACUUUGAAGACAAUCAGACAUUGAGUCCAUUAAAGGAUUUGGAAAAAUGGAAGAAACUGUCCGAUCAUUUGGAGGAGAAGGUGGCCAUCGAUGGCGAAGACACUGUCAAUAAGCCAGAGGUGAUCGCAGCCGAAGACCAGUCAUCACACGUCCAGAAAAUUGCUGACAAAUUAGUGGAAAAUGUGAUUCCAUUGAAGGACAGCAACGAUCACAAAGUCAUCGAGACUUAUGUCUGCAAAGACAAUAUCUUAGACGUGGAACCGGUCAUCGAUGGCAAUGUGUCUUCGGAUAGGGAUGUGCUGUUGAGUAGUGGAUCUCUUUCACCAAUUAGGACGGCUGCAGAGGACGCAAAAGUGGUCGACAGAGUGUUUAGCGUUUUAAUGGCUGAAACAGAGUUUCCCGAAGACGUCGAGACCGUUGCCGCAGAGAUCGCUCCGCAAGAAGUGGUCACCGAAUCCAAGCCUAAGACAACCGAAGAGAUUAAUAACGAGAAGAAUUUGUUGAACGAACCAAUCGUUUCUGAGUCUCAAGAGUCGGAAGUAUUGGCCGAAUUGAAUCAAAUACUCGACAACAACGAGAAGAAUAUGAAGAAUAAUGAAUUAAAUGCUGAGGAAGAAGAGGCUGUGUUGAGAUCGGCUGAACUGAUCCAACAAAAUGAGGCCAAAGAAAACAAAGCGAAAGUAAUUGAAAUGGUGUCCGAAAACACGACACAAGAGAUCAUUAGAAACUCAUUUAAAGAGUUUGUUAAAGAGAUGACACAAUCGGCGCCGACGACAGACACUAUCGCUACCGAAGAAGAAGUAGUUUUGAGUCCAAAAGUGACCGAAAGUGCGAUUAUCUCAGCAGUGAUUGAGCCUCCGGUCGAAGAGACGAGAAAAACGGACUCAAAGCUCUUCGAGGAUGAAGUGGUCCGCAGUAUCUUCGGUGACGAAGAGGUGAUCAAAACCCAGAAUCAGACGCAAGUGUUUGCCAUCGAGUUAUUCAAACAGGACGUCAACGAACAGCAGUUGGAAAAAGUGGUCACAAUAUCGGCGCCCGAAGAGUCAAAGGCCAACAUUGAGGACAGAGUCUACAAGACAUCGGUCGAAGAGUUUGUGAUCAAAGCGCCAGUCGUUGAGCCAAACCCUCCGCUAUCAACGCCGAUACCCACCGAAGUGGUGGACACAUCGCCGGCGGAAUCGUCGCAAACAAUACCACUCUUAGAAACGGAGCGAAUAAUCGAAAUAAUCACAUCCGAGAGUCGGAAGAACUCUGUGGACGACAUUCUUGACGACAGCGAUGGUCAGCUGCUGUCGACUGAGGAUCAGUUGCGUCCGGUGGCGGAAACAACGGAAGUGAUUCCCCUCUCGUCGCCGAUAAUACAGAUUGAAGAACAAAACGGACGGAUUCUGGACGAAGAGGAGGCGGCCAUCAGAAUACAGGCCGCCUUCAGGGGCUUUCAGAUCAGGAGAUCCCUGUCGAGGGAGGCGUCGCCCAACAGAUCCACGAAUCAUAACAAUAAUAUCGACAAUAAUAACAAUUCGCAUAACAAUAGAGAUUUAGGACAUAAUAAUAAUAGCAAUCAUAAUAACAGUGAUAUUACCGAAGAUUUAACCACAAAUCAAUUGAGCGAUAAUUUACUGAUCGCUGAGAACACGAGUGAACCGCAGAGGACGACAACGACCGCCGGAUUAAUGACGGCUUCCAACGAACAGAUCAAUACAUCGCUGGAACAGCUCGAGGAUCAACUCAUGCAACAGUUGAUCUCAACGGCUGAGGAGGAAGACAGACACCGACCGCCGGUUAAUGUCGAGACGCCGGAGGACCAGUUGUUCGCGACGGAAGAACUGUCGGCACCGCUACUCCUGCAACGGAUCCAACAGUCGGUCGACACUCCCGUCCGACUCAGCGAAGAGUCCGUUGAAUUGCCGCCAGAAUUGGCGUCAUUUGUGACGCAAACCAUCGCCAAAGAGAUCAGUUUAGCCGAAGACAAACCGUUGAUUGAAAAGUCGGACACAAUAAUUGUGGAUCUGUUGUCUUCGUCGCCGCAACAGAAGAGCAUAGCUAUUGAAACUCAGGCCAUAAACGACAUAAAUAACAGCGAAUCAGAAACUCAAGAGAUAUUACCGCCGCUGGAGAUAAUCCCAAACGCCAUUGAUAUCCGCGAACCCGAAGUGCAGACCACUGUCUGUCCGCCGACGCCCUCUCAGAUCACACCCGAAGUGUCUUUCGCCCGAACGGCCGAACAGCCGGUCCUCACGAAGAUAUACUCAUCGGAAUCGGAACAGGAAAGCGAUGCCAUCGUCGCCACCAAAGCCACCGACAAUAGCCUCCCAUCACUCAUACCUGUCAUUGAGGCCAACGGUAACGGAAGCGCUAAGACAUCAAAGGCCGGCGCCGGAGACGCACCUAAACGGCCGAACAGGUCUAUCCUUAAGGAGACCGAACCUCAACUCUUCACCGAUGAACAACACAUGGCGUCGGAAGAGAUAUCGAGUCCCGACGACGACAACCCGGAGUUCGUGGGCUUAGGGCCCAACAAUCCGUUCCCGAUUCGGGCCUCGAGUCCCAACCCGUUCGGCAAAAAGCGCCGGAGAGGCAAAAAAGGCGGUCAACGCAAGUGAACCCUCUCUUCAAUUAGAGUUAUUUUUCAUCACUAAUAAUAACAAUCAGUAAUUGAAUUAUAUUUACAACAAAUUCACACAUAUUUUAUCACAAAGUAUUUUAAAAAUGCAAAGUUUUAACGAUAAUUAUAAUGUUAUUAUUCAAAGUGUAAUAAUUAUGUUUCAUUUGAGACGCAAAUUCUUUAUGAUAAAUAUUUAUAUUAAUAGUGAAUUAAGUCAUAUAAAUUAUAGUUAAUUAUAA